AUGUCGAGAGGGGGUACCCUCUGGUUGAUCAACGCUGUCGUUGGUUUGACCCCUUUCCUUUCCCGAACAGAGGAAUCAUCUCAUGGCUACUUUGGACGAUAUCUUGGCUUCGAUUUGGUCUCUGCCAGUCAAUAUUAUUGUCAGAUUCUAGGUGAUACUUUCUUCGCUCAGAUGAUAUGGGAUAGAGAAACUACCUCUGCCAUACGUGAAUUGAAUUAUGAGAUUCUAUCUCUGCAAUCAAUUCGACCGUAUUCUCUUCUCAAGGAUUUUCAUAGGUUGGAACGUUGGUUAUGGAGGAAAUAUCAGGUUUUACGUUGUGAAGAUCAAGUGAAAUUAGAUAGGUUGAUGGAGAAGAAUGAAGCUCUAACAUUAUCUCUGACAAGAGAAAGACAACGUAUCAAAGACCUUUGUUCAGAAUUCGAAUCUUUCUUAUCCGAUCAAGAUAGAUUACGACAAGCUUUAGUUAAACUAUCGAAACAUUUGACCGAAAACAUUAAACCCAAUCCUCAUAAUACCAAACUUCCUUCUUCUUCUUCUGCUUCUUCUUCUUCUUCUUCUCCUUCUUCCAACCAUGUCCCAAUCUCAAAUUCAAAUUCAAUUGAGAGUCUCUCACCGGUCAAAAAUCCCCAAUUCUGA